AUGGCCUCACCUUUAGACCAGGUGGUCAAGGGUGCCCCAACACCGAAAGCUCGCGCCUUAACUCCCGAGCCAUUGAACUCCUCACAAUCAUCUCAAGGCCUAACUCCUUCAGAUCCCUCAUCCCCACCACGGCCUUCGACUCCAGACCCGCUAGCAAACCUCCCCUCCUCCCCGCCCCAGAUUUACCUGAACCUUCUAAUACUCGAAACCUCGCUACGAGCCCAAUAUUUAUCCCUGCGUGAGCGUCGCCGCCAGAAUACUUUCUUCCUGCUUCUACUCACUGCGUGGCUCACUUGGUUUGCAUACGCUCUAUUCCUCCGUCCGCGUGAAGAUGGCCGCGGAGUCGGCGGUUCUGUCUACUGGGUGGUGGAGAUGGCGGAGAAAGUCGCCCUGCUCGGCGGGGUGGUGACAGCGCUACUCGUCUGGGGAACGGGACAAUGGGAGCGCGGCAUCCGAUGGCCUCGGCGCUGGCUCGCUGUCUCCAAUCGCGGCCUGCGUGUGAUGAACACCAAAAUUAUCGUCAUUCGUGGUCCUUUCUGGCAAGAGCUACUAUCUUAUGUCUCAAUCCUCUUUCCGUUCUCCAUCUCGUUCCUGCCUUCUCCCAACGGAAACUACCAUCUUGUGGAGCGUGCUGGUGGUGGUCGGCAGCAUCACCAGCAGUACUACCACGGUCCUGGCAGCGAGUCCGGCUUGGUAGAAGAGGACCUCAGCCCGGGAGGCGAUUACAUCCGUCUCCUCCUGCUGCCUAAGUCCUUCUCCCCCGAAUUCCGCGAAAACUGGGACGACUACCGCACCGACUUCUGGGAGAAAGAAAACGAGCGCCGCGCCCAGCUGCGCGUCAAAUUGCGCGAGCGCGAGCACCACCUCGCCCGAGCAGAAGGAGGAUGGCUCGGCCGUCUCGGAUUAGGCUGGCGCACCUCGCCGCGCCGCCGCCCCGCAGGAACAGGCCACCGCCUCGGCCACGGCCACCACUCGUCCAUCUCGAAACUUAGCCCGGAGCAACGUGGCCCUUCCUCCCGUCGCAACACCCGCUCCGAGUCCCAUUCCCGCACCUCAUCCCGCAGCACCACCCCCGUCGACAUCGACGACCGUCCGCCCUCCCGUUCUUCCACGUCCGGCCGGCCGCGCCGUGCAAGCACCGCCUCCGGACACGAUGCCAGCCCGCAGCAGCGCAAACGGAAGGGUUCUACGCUUCGACGAGGCAUCUCACCUCUAACGCAGGCGCAGAUUCGGGAGGGUGUACGCACUCCGUCGUUCUCGUCCGAAGACUCUGUGCUGCCGACGGGCAUUUUGGAGAAGGAUAAAGAGGAGGCUAUACCGUCUUCUAUCCCACAAUUGUAA